AUGUCCACAGAAAACCAAGCUGUUCCGCAGAACCCAGUCCCUUCUUCCGACGCGAAAGGCACCGCAACGACUUUGCCUCUUCCGCCUCUUCUGUCACCUGAACCGACACCAGGCGUCGAAGAUGGCAGGAUCGAAGCUGACCGAAAGAGGGUAGCUGCUGCCACAGAGCAGGCCUCCAAAGUCCUCUCAGAUACUCCGGACGGGGCAAAUGGGAGCAAAGGCAGCGAGCCUCCUAACGAAUCUAGCGCACGCCUCGAGGAGGUGAUCGCGGAGAGUCGGCGGAUUCUUGGCUGCUCUGAUACUGCAUAUGCGGAGAUUUUGGGAGUCGAAAAAGACUCCACAGCGAAACAAAAGGAAGCCGCAUGGAAACGCUUAGGGUGUCUGCUGCACAAAAAUGUCACUGAGCAUCCGGAUGCUGCGAAAGCUUUUGCAAAACUUCAGGGCGCGGCAGACCAGCUGGAGGUAAGCGAUGUUACUAUAGAAGACGUGGUCGACUGGAACGGCAAAGGGGAACUUCCCGAUUAUGAUAAAGACGAUGGAGACAUUCCAAUGGAAGAUGUCGUGCCCAACCCGCCGGAAUUUAUCACGAAGAUUUACAAUGAAGCAACCAAUUCGCUUCGUGACCUCAGGCGCGAUGAUACCCGCCAAGUUGCGGAGAAAUAUUUAAAUAGUCGCAACCAAUUGAUCAAGGACUAUAACGUAGCACAGAAGGCAGCGUUGGGCGUCCGUGGGACCGAAAUUUCCACGGACCGCUGGUGCAUCCCUCUGGGAUUUUUCACCACCCAUUACAGCCUAGUCUACGAGAACCAAAGGAUACUUGAAGGCGACCGAUCGAACCAGUCAGCCCGGGACGCUAUUGCGAAGACAAAGACAUUGAUUGACACAAAGAUUGAUCAAAACCACUUUCCGGGAAAUUGGACAGUAAUGACGGCAGACGCGUACUUGCAAGAAUUCGACGAGUACUUGAAAGUAGUCGACAAGACAUCUGCGCUUGCCGCUGCGCCUGUUGAAGCCGGAAAACCUGCUGAGGUCCAGGCCGUCAUCGACUACCCGUGGACCACCGCCGAGGCGGCCGACGGCUCUCUCAUCAUAGGCACGCGACAGCAGGGGCGAUUCGGGACCCGAGUGUGUGUUGAGACGCGAGAAGAAGACGGAAGAGUCAUCCGACGUCUCCAAUCGGCUUCGGAAACUGGGCUCUCGGAGGUCGAAAAGUACCGUAAAAUGACUGGCGCGAAAGAUCUGGCGGAAGGCCAGUCUCAGUGGUCCUGCGACGAUCGCGACGAUUUCAAACAGCUGCUUUGGGUCACCAAGUCGCACACAAAGUGCAAGAAUACAGCUGCUGGAAAAAAAAACCCAUCCGCGGAUUGCUGCGUUAAGUUCGGCUCCAAGGGCAUUCAGAUCCUUACCGUCAGUAGCCUUAGCAAGGUCCUCGGUUCUUCAAGCGCGAGAGCCAUGAUCGAGGACGUCUGUAGCAGAGACAACAUCUCCCCGCCGUGGAAAGCUGGAAAUAUCAGCGAGUAUCACGAUCCCUCGAGGCUGGAGAAAGACCCGGUUCGUCGCAGGCACCUGCAGGAGACGCAGGCAGCUUCAGCAACCGACAAACACCCGGAACAGCGAAAGCAGGGCAUGGAUGAAGCUAUGGGCAAAGGUCAAGGUGCCCUCGAACCACUAAAGGGCAGAGUUCAAGGUCUCGAAAAGGGAAUGGAAGAGAUGAAAAACAUGGUGGCGAUCUUGAAUGACAAUAUGGAGGCGCUGAUGAAGAUGUUGAAGGAGUCUUCUUCGGAGGCGAAAUAA